AUGGCCGCAAUCGACCCUCGGCUUGUGGUGUCUAUUGAUAUCGACCUAGGAUCGUUGACUGGCUGGAGCGUUUAUUCGCCGUCUCCUUGGUAUCACAAAAUGAUCACCGGUAGCAAUACUCUUCUCAGAGACUGGAAUGCGGCCCGUCAAGCUUCGCAGACUGACACUUGCCCUUCGAUACUAGCAGUAAUAACCACACCGAACUGUCUCCACUCCCCGAGUCGGCUUGGUUUUGGUACCCGGAUCCCAGAGGCUUACGACAUAUUCAUUUCCGCAAGGCGAAACGACUACAGUCGUCGCACAUGGAUGAUCCAUGGCAUCAAUAUAAAGAAUUACGAGAUUGGCAUCGUUUCCCCCUUGAAAAACAGGGAGGGUUUGGAGAAAGUGACAUUUUGGGAAAGGCCACCCAAGCGCUAUGAUGAAGGUGGACCAUGGAUACGGGAAGAAUUCAACUAG